AUGGGCACUGUAACGGACGACCGUCCCGGCGACGGUCCCGCAGCUCGCGAUGCCUCCACCUCCGCCGACGCUGCCGCGUCCCCCAACCCUACCUCCGCUUCUGCCGCUGUCGCUUCCGGGAAGCGCAAAGAGCGGGAGGAAGGCGCGGGGGACGGCGCAGACGCCGGCGAGCAGCGGGAGAACCGCGAAACUGGGGGAACGGCGGAAGCAGCGUCUGGGCCGAGUAAGGGGGAACGGGUGGAAGGGAGAACUGCGGGGGAAGCGGAAGCGGAAGCGGAAGCGGCGGAAGGGGAGGAUCUGGGUCCGGUAGUGGGGCCCGUCAUUCCCAAGGCGAAGAAGAAGAAAAAGCCGCUGGUGUUCGAGCGUGUGUACCUGGAUGCUCUGCCGUCCGCCGAAAUGUACGAGAAGAGCUACAUGCACCGCGACUGGGUGACGCAUGUGGCCGUCUCAGAUGCUGAUUUCUUCAUCACAGGCAGCAGAGACGGCCACCUCAAGUUCUGGAAGAAGAAGGCAGUGGGGGUGGAGUUUGCGAAGCACUUCCGAGCACACCUGGGGCCGGUUGAAGGGCUUGCGGUCAGUGCGGACGGCACACUGUGCAGCACCAUCUGCUCGCAGGACAAGGCAGCAAAAAUAUUUGACGUGGCAACCUUUGACAUGAUCUCAAUGCUCAAGCUGCCAUUCGCGCCCUCAGCCGUGUGCUUCCUCUUCAAGCCCGACAACGCUAUAGCGAAACUCGCUAUAGCGGAUAAGAACUCGCCGGAAAUCCACGUGUUUGAUGCCCGGGGCGGCACGAACGAGCCUGUGGGGCGGGUGAGGGUGCACGGGGCGCCGGUGGUGGCGAUGCAGUUUAAUGUGGCGGCGAAUGCGGUGGUUUCGGCUGAUGCGAGUGGGAUGAUCGAGUAUUGGAGCGCUGACACGUACACGUUUCCUUCGUCAAGCGUUCGCUUCAAGUACAAGACAGACACGGACCUCUAUGCACUAGCAAAGGCGAAGACUACUGCUCCUUCUUUGGAGAUCUCUCCAGACGGCACCCAGUUCGCCACUGUGUCUCCGGACCGGCGAAUCCGGGUGUUUUGGUUUGCAACUGGCAAGCUCAGAAGGACUUACGACGAAUCACUGGAGGCAGCACAGGAGUUACAGAGAGGGGACGUGCCGUUGUACCGGCUGGACGCCAUCGACUUUGGGAGGCGGUUGGCAGUUGAAAGGGAGAUGGAGAGGGAGAGGGAGAGCAACGACGACGUGCCGUCGCCCAAUGCCGUCUUUGACGAGACGGGCAAUUUCAUCAUUUACCCGACGCUAUUGGGGAUAAAGGUGGUGAAUUUGCAUGAGAACAAGGUAGCACGAAUCCUGGGGAAAGUGGAGAGCAACGAGCGGUUCCUGCGACUUGCGCUGUAUCAGGGGGGCAAGGCGGCCAGGCGGAUAAGGAAGCUAGCGACCAUUGCGAAUUCCCAAGACGCUAAGGGUGGGCCGUCAGUGGACCCCACCGUGAUUGCGUGUGCCUUCAAAAAGCAGCGGUUCUACCUCUUCAGUCAGCGAGAGCCAGAGGAAGGAGAGGAGCCAUCACAGGGCAGGGACGUGUUUAACGAGAAGCCUCCACCGGAGGAGAUGCUCGCAUUGGCAGAUGUGGCAAGAACGGGAGCGUCCGCUUUGCCUGACAGUGUGGUCAUGCACACGACGAUGGGCGACAUACACUUGAAGCUAUACCCAGAAGAGUGCCCGCGCACUGUGGAAAACUUCACGACGCACUGCAGCAACGGGUACUACGAGGGGCUGCUGUUCCACCGCGUCAUCAAGGGCUUCAUGGUGCAAACCGGCUGUCCCCUGGGCGAUGGCACGGGCGGCCAGAGCAUCUGGGGCGGCGAAUUCGCAGACGAGUUUCACAAGAGUCUGCGUCACGAUCGCCCCUUCACGCUAUCGAUGGCCAAUGCAGGCCCCAACACCAACGGCAGCCAGUUCUUCAUCACCACUGUCGCCACGCCCUGGCUUGACAACAAGCACACCGUGUUCGGGCGGGUGGUUAAGGGCAUGGACGUUGUGCAGCUUAUUGAGAAGGUCAAGGUGGAUCGGAACGACAAGCCAUAUGAAGAUAUCAAGAUCCUCAACGUCACCGUGCCCAAGUAG